CUGUUGGUUUUUAUCCUUGUAGAAAACGUGCCUUUGCUUUGCACAAGCUUUCACAAUAGAUUCACAUUCAGAGUGCAGCAGGCAUGUGUCUCACUACUGACCCCAUAUUGACCUCUCCUGACCUUAUUCCCUCAGCCCCGCCCACAUCAGGACCCUCCCCCACCGGCGCAUCAACCAAUGAGAUGGCAGAGGUGGCUGUGCCGAAGCGAGCCGCCCCCGAGCCAGAGCCGCCAGUGACUAUCGUCAUCCUGCUGAUCUACCGAACCCUGGGGAGCGCCCUGCCAGCACGCUACCAUACUGAGCGGAGAGGAGUCAGGCUGCCCAAGAACCCUGUGAUGAACUCGCCGGUCCUCAGCGUGUCCGUGUACAACAACCACACGUAUGUACGUGGCGUGCUGGACUCACCGCUGCUGCUGGAGUUCCAGCUGCUGGAGACGGCCAAUCGCAGCAAACCGCUGUGCGUACAGUGGAACCACUCGAGCACGGUGGAGCCGGCUGGCUGCUGGGUCGUGAGGGACUGCAGUGUGGUUCAUAGGAACACCACCCAUGUGCGCUGCCAGUGCUCCUGCCUUGGGACCUUCGGAGUGCUAAUGGACAGCUCCCAGAGAGAGCAGUUGGAAGGUGAUCUGGAGACCCUGGCUGUGGUGUCGUACUCCUCCCUGUGUGUGUCUCUGCUCGCUCUGCUCCUCACCCUCUCAAUCCUCAGCUGCCUCAGCGGACUCAAGUCCAACACGCGCAGCAUCCACUGCAACAUGGCUGCCGCCAUCUUCCUGUCCGAGCUCGUCUUCCUGCUGGGCGUCAACCAGACCGAGCAGCAGUUCCUGUGCACCGGCAUUGCCAUUCUGCUACACUAUUUCUUCAUGGCCACGUUCGCGUGGCUGUUUGUGGAGGGGCUGCACAUCUACCGCAUGCAGACAGAGGCGCGCAACAUCAACUACGGAGCCAUGCGCUUCUACUACGCCAUCGGCUGGGGCGUGCCAGCCAUCAUCACCGGCCUGGCGGUGGGGUUGGACCCUGAGGGUUAUGGGAACCCUGAUUUCUGUUGGAUCUCGGUCCACGACAAGCUGAUCUGGAGCUUCGCUGGACCCAUCGGCAUUGUCAUUGUGAUGAAUGGAGGAAUGUUCCUCGUCGUGGCGCGCAUGUCCUGCAGCCCCGCACAGAAAGAGACAAAGAAGCAAUCCGUGGUUGUGACAGUGCGCAAUGCCUUCAUUCUGCUGCUCCUGGCCAGCUCUACCUGGCUGUUCGGUCUGAUGGCCGUCAAUAACAGUGUCCUGGCCUUUCACUACCUCUACACUGUGCUCUGCUGUCUGCAGGGUCUGGCCGUGCUGCUGGUGUUCUGCCUGCUGAACUCAGAGGUGCAGGAGGCCUGGAAGCUGGCCUGUCUGGGCAGGAAGAACUCCGGAGAGGAAUCCACACAACCAGAGAGACCACCCCAGCAAAUUACAGGUCCCAACCCCUACAACAACACAUCCUUGCUUGAGGAGAGCGGGCUGCAUCGCAUCACCCUGGGGGCCUCGACCAUCUCCUCCGUGAGCAGCGUGCGCUCAGCACACACACACUCCAGCCAGAGAGCUGGGUACCUGAGAGAGACCCUGCUGGCUCGACAGGGCUGCGCGCUGGAGCACAACCUGCUGGGACCCACUGGAGCCACAGACCUGGACGUGGCCAUGUUCCACCGGGACGGAGGAGACGACUCGGACUCGGACUCAGACCUGUCCCUUGAGGAGGAGCGCAGUCUGUCCAUCCCGUCCUCCGAGAGCGAAGACAACGUGCAUCUCCGCGGGAGGAUCCAGCGCCGAUUCAAACGCACCAAUCAGAGCGAGCGUUUGCUCUCUGACCCCGCCCACAGCACAGCCAAAGAUCUGGGCGGCAAUGAUUUGCUCUCCUAUUGGCCGGCCCUGGGGGAGUGUGAGGUGCACUCACUGCACAAGUGGGGCUCUGAGCGCCGGCUGGGUGUUGACUUCAGCAAAGAUGCGGCCAAUAACAACCAGCUGGAGCCAUCUCUAACCAGCGGGGAUGAGAACAGUGUGACACACAGGCACCGUAAAGGAAUCCUGAAGAACCCCUUCCCCUGUUCUCCAGCCCUACAGGGCCUGUCGUCGAUGGGCCGGGUCCCGAGCGAGCUGUCCUGGUACAAGACCUCCACGCUGGGGCAUCGGGCCGUGCCGGCGGCCUCAUACGGGCGCAUGUACUCUGGGACGGGCAGCCUGUCCCAGCCGGCCAGCCGCUACUCGUCCCGGGAGCAGCUGGACUCCCUGGCGCGCCGGCAGCUGUCCCGCGAGGCCCUGAGCCACCGCCACGCCGCUUCACGAGACUGCCUGGAGGCCGUGCCCAGCAGACAUGCCCCGCGGGAGAGCCUGGAGGCAGGGGGCUGGCUCAACAGCACCCUCCCCCGCAGGGGGGGCUCCAGAGACCACCUGGAGGCGCUGCCCAGCAGAGCACAGCAGCCCUGCAGAGAGUGGCUGAACACGCUGCCGACCCGCCAGCUCUCGAGAGACCCCUCACCCUCCCUGCAUGUGCCCUCCAGACAUGCAUCCCGUGAGCCGCUGGAGCUUCUGUCCCGCUGGCAGGGCUCGCGGGAGAGGCUGGACUGCGCGCCCCCCUGUAGGUACCUGUCCCGAGAGGCGCUGGAGCCUCCGAGCCGCCAUCCCUCCACUGAGCAGCUGGACAUCCUCUCCUCCAUCCUGGCCUCCUUCAGCUCCUCUGUACUUUCCUCCUCCUCCUCCUCUGCUCCACAGGGGGCCACCAUCACUCCAUCCUGCACUGCAGCCGGCCAGACCUCUCCCCCACCUCCCGCGCCCUGCUCCUCCAUCCCACGCUCCGCAACCUCACACAGCAUCUCGGAGCUCUCCCCCAACUCAGAAGUAACAAGAGCUGAAGGACAGUCUUGAUGACAUCCCCAAAAACAUCCCAGAAUUCAGUGUGUCUGUGAAUCCCGGCUGGUGCAAGACCCACCCACUCUGCUGACCCACAGAAAGCUGAGGUCAGUGCUGAUGGAGCUGGGAAUGCUGGGAUGGCAGAGGACUGCCUCUG